CACUGAACUAAAUCCCUGGCCCACCUCUGCUUUUUGAGCAGAGGUUCCUGGAGGAAGAGGUUUAGCUUCAGUAACCUGUUGUGAACUGACAACUGAAUAACCUUAGACAAAGCUACUUCCAUCAUGAACCACACUUCCUCAGGGUCUUGGAAGGGCAGGUCACCAAUGUGUUGUUUAUAAGGGUGGCUAAUGUCUGGGCAGAGGAGGAGUAAAGACUCUUUGAUUAGGGGUCCCCUUGACCCCAACUAUGACUAUAGAUCCAGAGGAGGUUUUUCAGAAGUCAAACAGAAUGAAGUAGAUGAAUUAUGAAUUAUCUAAUUAUGAAACAUGCUGUCUAGAUUAGUUAAACAAACCAGAAUGAAAUAAUUGAAUUGACUUACCCAUGACAUCCAGGGUUACCCAGGGUUCCUUAGAUGAGAUGACAAUGUCUGUGGACAGGGCAUUGCAGGUUCUCCUGGGCCUCUGCAGUCAUCAGAGCAGGAAAUGAGGGUUUUGGCUGCCCUAAUCUCUCUUUAGGAGGGAGGACAGUCAAAUCUGUAGUGCCACGAGUCAGACACAUUAGCUGCCUCAUAUAUGGAGCAGAGUCCAGACAGAGGCUUGUUGCAAUCUUGUGCCAGACUUUUUUUACACUUGAAAUAGAAACCUUGGUUCUCUGUGGGUUUUUCCUUAGACAAUUUGGAUGAGUUAAAGCAUUACCAAUUGGAACAGCUAUAAUCUUAGCCUUUCUCUUUUGUCUCUCCUCUGGAUCCCAGUUGUUGAACACAGAAAAUGCCAUGUGCAGCAAUUGGGCCAUAGGUAUCUGUGGCUUCAUUUGAAGUUUUUGUAGCUUGUCCCCAGUAUCUGGGGUUGCAAACUAGAAUAUCAUCUCAUUUCAAGGUACAACAAAUUGAGAGUCUGGAUGUAGGUGGAUGGGAAAAAGAUCCAUCUUUUAAAUCUAAGAUUGAGAACCAGUUAGUGUCCUCUGGAAUUUGGGAGAGAAUUGUAUAUGGAUCUGUGUCUAGAGGAUGGAUUGGAAUGAUAGCCUCAUUAAUGAGGCAGAGGUACCAUAUCAUCUGCUACUCUCUUGAUUAGUAUAUUUACAAAAGACUCAACACACCUCUUUAUCUUCCUAGUAAGAGCAGGUAGCAUAUUACUCUUAGUCCCCCCAACUAGUACUGGACUUCCAUUUUAGUUCUUUUGAAAGGGAAGUAACCUUCCUAUGGUGUUCGUUUUUCUCUCUUUGUUUUUAAAGCACAUUGUCCCUCUGCAUAGUUCCUAGCCUUUUGUACAAGUCCUUGUUUUUCUGACAGUUGGCCUACUAAUUCUUUGCACUGCUGGACAAGUAACUGUAACUGAAAAGAGGGCCUGAUAUAUUGGCCUGGCCAUUAUAAGGAGGAGAUAGAAGAGACCUCCUAGUAUCAUCAAACAGAUCAGAGAGACCCAUAUCCCUCUGAGAGACAAGAGAGGGUUCCGAGACAGGAUACUGUCUUAGGUUUUGAGCAUUUCCUGUGAUAAGGAGUCACAAAAGCCUGUGCAUGAGAGAUUUCAUUCCAUUUUUUAAUAUUUUAAGCAGAAAAACUGUAACUAGAGAAUAGUAUUAUAGUUUAAAUACUGUCUUGUACCCAUCUCUUGCCAUUUUUUAGUUUGUAUUGAACCCAAAAUGUAUAGCAAUAGUAGAUAAGUUCUUCCAGUUUUAAAUUGUCAGGAUCAACCUUUCCCACUCAUCAAGGAUAUGGCCCAAUGACAAAGUUGGUGAAAUUUGUGUGCUGCCUAGCUCCAAGAGGUUUCCCAUUGGCUCUUCUUGGAGCCUGUAGAGAGGAGGAGAUGACUAGGUCUUGACUCCUUAAGAUGGUGUGCCAUGUAGAAGGGAGAGACCCAAAGGUUUCCCACAACGUCUCUUGUGAGACCCUAACACAGAGUAGGCAGACAUCUCUGUCCAAGUGAUCCUGGCAUCAUCAGCUACAGAAGAAAAGCCCCCUGAGGGCUUUUGUCUCCAUGUUGGGGCCCAUUGACUCAUAAGGGAGAAGGGAGCCAAGUCACCUGUUGGCCUUGCUUAGUCCUUUAACUUCCAUGAAGAAAGGGUGAAAUUUUCCCCAAGCAAAGUUUCCUUAGCCAUCCAGUUGAACCCCUUGAUGGUUCUUUUCUUGCAUUUUGAACCCUUGAUGGUCCUUUACUUAAGGAGAGUUAAGACCAUAUGGGAAAAAACAUCUCUUGCAUAUACUCUAAUAGUGAAAAGACUAAGAAUGGGAAUGGCUCUGCUUUUGUAUACCCAUAGUCACUUUAGUUAGGUUUUAAAUGCUGUUAAACAUUGCUGUUCUGGUCAGGCUGUGAGGUAUAGGUUUAACAAGAAAGAAAUUCAGAGCCUCAGGUGGUCCCUUGGACUCAGAGAAAACUAAGCCAGCUACAGCCAGCUUGACUUGCUGCUUGUACUCUGGCCACUGCCCUCCAAGAACAAGGGUCACCGUGGGCCAUGGGCCCAUGCGUCAGUUUUGCCCUGAGCAGACCACCCAUGCUGGUGAGGCCUGUCCUCUCAGACGUCUGCAGCUGCAUGCCACUGUGCUUCUGGUCUGGCCACUCCGUGUGCCCAUUGUUCAGGCCCAGUCACCCAGGCCAAGACAGUGGGGAGGGGAAUGAGAAGGUUCCUCAGGCCGGCCCCACAAGCCCCACAACCAGGGCUUGGCCUCUGGGACCAUCAGGCACCACUCAUCUCCUCCUCUAGUCACACCCUCACCUGAUCCAAAGCUGCACAAGUUCUUAAAAGUGGCCACACACAAUUUUUUGUGCAGGAAGACACUAUGCCAGUUAAAAUAAGUUUUAAAAAAACAAACACAGGUUCCUAUGUUAUUGCUGAGAUUUGGUGGUGUGGUGUAGGACUCAGGAACAAACAGCUUGGGUGCAGACUGGUACCAGGGGACUGAUUUUCAGGGUCUGCCAUGGAGCCAGAGCAGAUGCUGGAGGGAUAGAUGCAGGGUACAGAGAAUCCUCACUGUGAGUACAGUCUAACAGACAAUGUUGAGAGGAUAGUAGAGAAUAAGAAGAUUAAUACAGAAAAGUCAUCAAAACAGAAGAUAGAUGUACCGUCUUUAUCAGCUCUUGCUUUCCUGGAUCAGACAGUUGUGUCUAUCUUGUUAUGGGGACUUCUUGUGCCCGCAAAGGAAAAACCACCAAGUCCCAUUGAAUUUCUAGGGUCUUAUCUUUUUUUUUUUUCGUACUGGGGAUCGAACUCAGGACCUUGUGCUUGCAAGGUAGGUGAGUUGAGCCUCUACAAAAGACUUGAAAUAAGGGUUUAUAAUGAGAAGAAACUAGGAGACAAUAUCGAGUGUGAGAUUUUUCAAGUUCUUUAUGAAGAGGUCAUGUUAUACAAGGAAGAUAUUGUGCAUCAGCUGCCCAGCAAUACACCUGAAGAGCGAGAGGACAACAUAAACCAGGUCUUGAGGUGGAUUGAGCAGUGGGUCAAAGGUCACAACCUGUGA